AUGGCGCGGUGGCUGUCAUUCUUUGCAGAAUACAACUUUACGGUCGAGUACAAACCAGGACGACUCAAUGUCGUUGCUGAUGCACUCUCACUUCGGCCCGACUUUGAAACAGUCGUGAAACCCAACAGUGAGACAGUCACUGUUGCGGUUAUGACGUCCUCAGUCCCAUCUACAACGUUGUAUGGUGAUGUGAGGCGGGCAUACGCCCAAGAUGGUGAGAUUGUGAAGUUGUUGACACAUCUCUCACAGCCAUCUCGAGAAUCGUUGAAACGAUUGUCGUCUGCGUAUCGAUCUGCAUCAGAUCGAUACACCACUCGCGACGGGUUACUGUAUUAUACAGCCGUUUCUGGUGACACGCCACGUGUUGUCAUUCCAGAUGAUACUGAUCUGCGUUUGCGGAUCAUGUUCGAGUAUCACGAUGCUCCUAUAGGAGGACAUCGUGGCCGAGAGAAAACAUAUCUCACGGUAAGUCGAGACUUUUACUGGCCCCGCCAGUAUCAGUUUGUGCGAAAGUAUGUUCGCGCAUGCGAAAUCUGCCAACGAGUGAAGUCAAGUCCUUCACUGCGUGCACCUUUACAGCCUCUACCGGUUCUGGCUGAGUGCUGGGAAUCCAUCUCAAUGGAUUUCGUCUUCGGGUUACCCAAAGACGCACGCGGGAAUACGGGUAUUCUCGUAUUUGUUGACAGAUUCAGCAAAAUGGUACACCUUGUGGCUGUACCAGAGACAAUCACGGCAAGUGGCUGUGCUUGUGUCUUUAUUGACACCAUCUUCCGACUUCAUGGGUUGCCCCGUGAACUCGUAUCAGACAGAGAUCCACGAUUCACUGCUGAUUUCUGGCGGUCCGUGUUCAAAUCACUCGGAACGCGCUUGAAGAUGUCUACAUCUGAUCAUCCAGAGUCAGAUGGUCAGACGGAACGUGCCAAUCGUGUCCUUGAAGAGAUACUUCGAGGAUAA